GAACCAUUUUGCGUCAAUCCGGAGUCAUGAAAGUUUCAAUCACAGUCACAGUCUAUAUAUGCUCUCCUCAGUCUGCCUCAGCUGAUCAGCUCUUGGUUGGCAGGCUUCAAGCACAGAAACCGGUGAUCUAGCCCCGAAACUUUGCCGGAGCUUGGUCCUCAAGAGUUAACUUUCAAGGGGGUUUGUAGCAAUGGGAAAUUCUUUCGAAAUCCGGAGGGAUCACAAAUCACUCAGAUGCAUAUGUCUUUGCCUAUUGCUUCUGAUAGUUUCACAGAAUGUUAGUGCAGAAAGCUCAUAUUUGAUUGGGCUGGGGAGCUAUGACAUUACAGGACCUGCAGCUGAUGUUAACAUGAUGGGAUAUGCUAAUAUGGAACAGAUUGUAUCUGGAGUUCACUUCAGACUAAGAGCUCGUGCAUUUAUAGUUGCUGAGCCUGGUGGGAGUCGAGUGGUUUUUGUGAACCUCGAUGCAUGCAUGGCAUCCCAAAUUGUUACCAUUAAAGUAAUUGAAAGAUUAAAAUCCAGGUAUGGUGGCUUAUAUGAUGAAAGAAAUGUAGCAAUCAGUGGAAUUCAUACACAUGCUGGCCCUGGAGGUUAUCUACAAUAUGUUGUUUAUAUUGUGACUUCACUUGGGUUUGUUCGACAGUCAUUUGAUGUCAUUGUUGAUGGGAUUGAGAAAGCCAUCAUACAAGCUCAUGACAACUUGCGUCCUGGGUCAAUAUUUAUAAACCGGGGAGAGCUUCUUGAUGCUGGUGUCAACCGAAGUCCAAGUGCAUAUCUUAAUAAUCCUCCUGAAGAAAGAAAGAAAUACAAGUAUGAUGUUGAUAAGGAAAUGACCCUACUGAAGUUUGUAGACAAAGAAUGGGGUCCUGUUGGUAGUUUUAAUUGGUUUGCUACUCAUGGGACAUCUAUGAGUCGUACAAAUUCACUGAUAAGUGGAGACAACAAGGGAGCUGCUGCUCGUUUUAUGGAGGACUGGUUUGAGAAGGUUCAUGGAGAGGCAACCGACAUAAAAUCUGAAGUUUCAAUUAAUGAUAGCCUAGAAAGUGGAUUCCCUCGGAAAUUGUCCAGCAUAACCCCCCAGUUGCACGAAAACUAUUCCAUGUUGAAGCUGCUUGCUAUGUCGUUUCCGGCAAAUAAUGGUAGCCAAGUACCUCGUACCUUUAGUACUACACAUCGUGUAAGAAGUACCUUUAGUCAGGGAGUUGGAGCAAAAUUUGUUUCUGCUUUUUGUCAAUCAAAUUGUGGGGAUGUAAGUCCAAAUGUUCUUGGAGCUUUCUGCAUAGACACUGGCUUACCUUGUGAUUUCAACCACAGUACUUGCAAUGGAAAGAAUGAAUUGUGUUACAGUCGUGGUCCUGGGUAUCCAGAUGAAUUCGAGAGUACACGCAUCAUUGGAGAUAGACAGUAUAAGAAGGCUGUUGAUUUGUUCACGGCAGCAUCAGAACAGAUCAGUGGGAAAAUUGACUAUCAUCAUACUUACUUGAAUUUAUCAAAUCUAGAGGUUACUAUUCCUUCUAUUAAUGGUCAAGAAGUGGUCAGAACAUGCCCUGCUUCCAUGGGUUUUGGUUUUGCAGCUGGAACCACUGAUGGUCCUGGAGCUUUUGAUUUUAGCCAAGGAGAUGACAAGGGAAAUGCAUUUUGGAAGCUGGUGAGAAACGUACUAAAAACACCUAGUAAAGAGCAAAUUGAUUGUCAGCAUCCAAAGCCAAUUCUAUUGGAUACUGGUGACAUGAAAGAGCCAUAUGAUUGGGCGCCUUCAAUUCUUCCAAUUCAAAUAAUUAGAAUUGGACAAUUGGUCAUCCUUUGUGUGCCUGGAGAGUUUUCUACAAUGGCUGGUAGGCGUUUACGUGAUGCUGUAAAAACUGUACUUGCCAGUAGCAGCUCUGGAGAAUUUGAUGAGAAUGUGCAUGUUGUACUUGCUGGGCUGACGAACUCAUAUUCUCAAUACAUCACUACAUUUGAAGAGUAUGAGAUCCAAAGAUACGAGGGGGCAUCUACUUUGUAUGGCCCGCACACACUAAGUGCCUACAUUCAGGAGUUUAAGAAAUUAGCAGCAUCUAUUGCCGGUGGUCCUAAUGUCUCUCCAGGUCCACAGCCUCCGGAUCUUCUGAACAAGCAAAUCAGCUUGCUUACUCCCGUGCUGGUGGAUGCAAAACCCAUUGGUGUCAACUUCGGAGAUGUAAAAUCUGACGUUCCUCAGAACUCAACUUUUACCAAGGGCGACCUCGUUGCGGUCAUAUUCUGGUCAGCUUGUCCCAGAAAUGAUCUAAUGACUGAAGGUACUUUCUCUCUCGUGGAGAUCUUGAAGGGUACUGACACAUGGGUCCCUGCUUAUGAUGAUGAUGAUUUCUCUCUCCGAUUCAAGUGGUCCAGGCCGUGGAAGUUCAGUACUCACAGCUAUGCAACUAUAGAGUGGAGAAUUCCUGAAACUGCAGUGCCUGGUGUCUAUAGAAUAAGACAUUUUGGCGCUGCAAAAAGGUUGUUUGGAUCAAUAAGCCAUUUCACUGGUGCUUCAAGUGCUUUUGUUGUGAUCUAGUGAAGUUUGUUGAUAUCCUUCUGAGGAAAGGAUUCUCAAUCUACUGUAAAAUCUACCUGUUAUCCUAAAGUUUGCAACUAAUGACAGCCUGAGCUUUGUUUCAUGUAUGUUUUUAUUCUCUGAAUGGUAAAGAUGAAAAUUUUACAUUGUAUAUUGAAGAUGAUAUCAAAGAACAUGUUAUAUGAUUGUACAAAUUUCAUUUUAAGAAAUGCAGUAGAUGUGAUUUCUUGGUAUU